UAUCUGAUGUUGAAUUUACUAAAUAUAAUAAUAUAAUACAAGAAAGUUUUAAAGAUAAUGAAAAUUUACAAGAAGAAGUUAAUAUUGAUGAAUCAGAUAAUGAAAUUGAAGAUAAUAUUAAUUUGAAAGAAGAUUUUGAAAAUUAUCUUCAAGGAUAUUAA